AUGGAAUCUGAAGAAAAUUAUGAUCCACAUUCCUUUGAGGAUGAUGAUUAUAUUAAAAAUUCUCAUGUUACAAUACGUUUAAAUGCUCAAGAUAAUUGUGACGCUAAUUUACCUAAUUUGCCUAUUCCAAAUCAAAGUGAAAUACUUAUAGAAGAACAAAAUGUUAUUAUUAACAAUUCACCAGAAAACCAAGGAGUAUACAUUCGAAAUAACCGGCCAGGGGAUUAUAUGGGAUCUUUUUUAUGCAGUGUUGCUUUCUAUUCUACUUUAUUUUUCUUCACUAUAAGGCAUCUUUUACUAAAUUGUUACCGUGGAUUUAGGAGAUAUAAUAGAGAAAGAUCAGAUAACGACAAUUGUAAUACAGAACAAAAGAAUCAUACAUCAAACGUAAAUAAUGAGGAAGCAUAA